GACACUUAAAGUCCAUGUGCUGUCAAUUCAGUGCUUUCUCUCAAAACCACAUUGUCGUUGCACUGGACAGGAAUGUAUCGGGCAUUUUCCCAUUAUAGAGCAAUGCCGAUGAAUCAGUUCGGUCUUGCUGCAAAGCUUAAACCACAAACUCGUGAUCACGGGGCAUUUUUAUGAGUGAACAAUAUCCAAAUCGUUCCACAAACCCUUUAAUUACUCAUAGUCGAGUGGUGAAUUCGUGUUAUUGUAUGCGUAUGACAAACCGUUGUCCUUGAGUGUUAUAUCGAGCACUGGCAUGCGUCCCUCCGGCUCCACGUGUCUUUUGUUAUGCUGCAAAAAUAAGUCUUCCUGCUGUACACUGUCACAACAUCAAAAUGCCCUUUUCGGGAUGGGAAACCCCCUGCUUGACAUCUGUGCUGUGGUGGACAAAGACUUUCUAGACAAGUAUGGACUCAAGCCAAAUGACCAGAUAUUAGCAGAAGAGAAACACAAGGAAAUGUUUGAAGAGAUAGUCAAGAAAUUCAAGGUUGAAUAUCACGCUGGAGGUGCCACUCAGAACUCUGUAAAAGUCGCACAGUGGAUGAUCCAGGAGCCGCACAAAGUGGCCACCUUCUUUGGGUGCAUUGGGAAGGAUAAGUUUGGGAAGAUCCUUAAGGAGAAGGCAGAGGAGGCCCACGUGGAUGCCCACUACUACGAGCAGAGCCAAGAGCCCACGGGGACCUGUGCUGCCUGCAUCACUGGCGACAACAGGUCUCUUAUUGCAAAUCUUGCAGCCGCUAAUUGCUACAAGAAGGAGAAACACCUCGAUCUGGCAGAGAACUGGAAACUUGUUGAGAAAGCCCAAGUUUACUACAUCGCUGGGUUUUUCCUGACCGUGUCCUUGGAGUCGAUCCUGAAGGUAGCCAAACACGCUUCUCAAAACAACAAGAUCUUCUGCUUAAAUCUGUCAGCACCAUUCAUCUGUGAGUUCUUCAAGGAGGCCCUGAUGAAGGUUAUGCCCUAUGUGGACAUCCUUUUUGGCAACGAGACGGAGGCCGCCACUUUUGCACGAGAACAAGGCUUUGAGACUGAAGACAUUGAGGAGAUUGCAAAGAAGGCCCAAAGCUUACCCAAAGAGAACAAGAAAAGGCAGAGGAUUGUUGUCUUCACCCAAGGCAAAGAAGGAACUGUAAUGACCAAAGGUGACAAGGUGGAGACAUUCCCUGUCCUGGAGAUCGACCAGAGCGAGAUGGUGGACACCAACGGUGCUGGAGACGCCUUUGUUGGAGGUUUCCUGUCUCAGCUGGUACAGGAUAAGACCUUUGAGCAGUGCAUCCGCGCUGGACACUACGCUGCUAACGUCAUUAUUCGCCACGCGGGCUGCACAUUCCCAGAAAAGCCAGACUUCCACUGAUGGGCCGCUGAGAGACCGGAAGAUACGGCCGCCCCAGUGUUUUAUAGGACUAAUGCCUUUUUUUAAUUGACUUUUUAUCUUCUGUUCUUCUUUCCUCUCUUGUUCACUAACUGCCUUCUGCUGUGCCUCUGUUUUCUCUGAUUCACAGCCUAAUGCGAUCACAGAGACAUGUUUCACAUUAAAAACUGUUUACAAAAGAGGGAUUUCUGUUGGAAAUAUUGAGUUGUUUUUAGUAAAGCCAUUUUAGAAUCAUGGUUAAGAGUGUUUGCUAACAAAAUUAUUUUAGUUGUAAUUAGCUGUAAAAACUGAGGCCGGAAUUACAAACAUACAGAAGCCAGAUGAAUUUUAUUGAAAUCAAAGGCUCAUUUUAUGUCAAAGAAAUUUUGUUGGCCAGUCUUGCUGUUGUAAACCAAAUGUAUUUGUGGGAAACACUUGAAUGUGUCACAAACUGCCAAAAUAAACAAAAGGCUAUAUUA